AAAACCAGUUUUGCUUUUUAAUUCGUUUUGUUUGAUUGUUGUCUAAACUGUUGUAAUUUUAGAGCCUCUCUGUCUUAUUUUACUUAGCAGACAGGUAUUGCUGCAAAUACAAUAAGGUGCACAGAACCGCACCUUCCUCAAAAUGAGUUGUCCCGUACCGUGAGCUGCUUCUGUGGCCUCCCUGCCUGGGACGCUCUGGAGCCCUGAGGCUGGGAGAGGAGCUCCUGGGCUCUGUGUCCCCCCAGCUGUGGGGCACCUUCCAUGAGGAGUCCCUGGUGAAGGAGGGGUGCUAGAAAGCACUCGCUGCCCUCCUGCUGGGUUAUUUGGAUCUCUACCUGAUGCACUGGCCCAUGGGAUUCAAGGUAUGAGGCUUGAACUCCCGUAAGCCCUGUCGGGGCUCUGCCACUUUUUCUUUUGGGACUGGAUGAGUCCUUAUUGCUCUCUAAUGAAGAGCAUUGUUAAACCUCAUUAAGACAUAAUGAUGAACCUCAGUACGGCGUGCCCAGGAGGAAAGGUAAAGUCAUGGCUGCUGAAGAUAGGUCUCGUAGUACAAAAUCACCUUAUUUUCCCCUGCACAGCAUUUCCAUGUCCUGCACAGCAUUUCCGAUCAAAUCGCCAUCCAUAUCACAUUCCUCUUAAAGCCUGGGAUUUGGCUGUUCAUUGCUUAUCCAGGAUCAAACAGUUGUGAAUUCCCUUUUUUCUCUUCUCUCUCUACCCCCGGGUUAAAUAAAUCCUCACUUCCCCAUUGUGUCACAUCCCCAGACUUCCCACAACCCGACUGGAGCACAUAAAAGUGUCUGCCCUUCCUCUGCCUGCAGGACAGAUUCUCCAGAGACAGAUUUUCUUGAAGAUUACCGUGCUCAUACAGUUUAGUGUUCUUGGCCACUUCUCUCCCCAGCACAAACAUAAGCCAGGAUAUCCACCGUCUCCAGCUCCACUUGCUUGCUGGACUUCUAUGUGAUUCCUUUAACUACUUAUGAUUCAGUCUACCUUAAACACACUUUUCUUUUGCAAUGACAGGCCGGAGAGGAGCUAUUUCCUGCAGAUGGCAAUGGUAUGAUCGUUCCCAGUGGUACAGAUGUUCUGAAUAUGUGGAGGAAUGUUUGUUGACAUGAUGAAAAAUUCUUGCUAGUUUGAAAUAACAGCCUGAAAACUUCCCACUGACCACACUGGGAGUCGCCUGGGGAGAAUUUCCAACGUGAAGAAUCCCAGAUUGCCGAUUGCUCUGUGCCCUGGGGCUUCUUCUUGUCUCACUUUGCCAAAAUUGAGGUAUUUUUCUGCCUACUGCUGGGUGGGCAUGGCAGGAGGGAAGCUGUGCGCAUGCGCCCUGCAGCAGCUGGAGCUGCCCGGUCCUGGUGGCUGGGUGCAUGAGUCCAGACCUGGGCGCAGGCACCAAUUUCUGCUUGCUGUUGGUUUGGGCCCUCUGCCCCUCCCGUGCUCAGCAUGGCCAGGUCAAAAGAGGACCAGAGACUCGCCAGUCAAAAGAAUUCAGCGAUGCUUUUCCCCUUCUGUCGUCUGUCUGACCCCAAGAACAAAGCAUGAUUUUGUUUCUCACUUAAAAGAAAAACCUGGUCAUGUCAGGCUGCUGCUUAUGAUAGCAACUUCAAAUGAAUAGGAUUUCUGUUUUGCUAGAGGUGUAUCUUCUGCUCUGAAGGCAGUAAAUAAAUUUUCUCUUGCUUCUUCUAUGUUGGAGGUGCCAAGCUAAUUAAGGCUGUCAAACUGUUUUAUUGUUAGUGUGAAAGAAAAUAGGAGGUGGCAGGAGUGUAGCUCUGCUUGUGCUCUACAGCCACAGCUAAGUGGUAUGGCUCCCCUGGGAAAUUCAUCAGCAGUGAGGAUCAGGUUCUCUGUUCUGGCUCUCCCGAAAUAGCUCCUUGUUCAGCCACUCUGUUCCAACUACAGGCUUUUUAUUACGGGAUAUUUAUUUUGUUAGCUGAGGAAUUAUUCUAAAAAAAAAAAAACACUCAUAUUUUGGAAAAGAAGUUCUACUUAGGGAUAGCAUUUCAAAAUAGCUGCAUUACACUAAAAUAAUUACAGUGUAAUAAUUGUUAAUCAGGAAUAGAGCUGUUGUUUUUAUGUAUGAUGACACUUGAUGUGAGACUCUGAGUCUUUGACCAGGAUCCCAAUGUCCACUGUGCUGUACAAAUGCCACAUCACAAGAGCAUCCCAGCUGUGAUGAGUUUUCACUGAAGUCUUUCUGCAGGCAUUUUUUCCUUAUGGGGAAAAAAAAAUCCUAAUUCAAUAACAAAUCUGAUUCUGUGCUAUUUCUAGGCCAAGGAAGAGGUGGUGGAUGUGUAGGAAUGGUAAAAGCCAUCAGAAUCUCCAGCUUCAACUGUAGACAGACAGAUCGGCUCUUGAGCAAACCAGAUUUAAACCACAAACCUGCAAAUAAUCAGAUUGAGAGCCACCCAUACCUUCCUCAGGAAGAGCUGAUUAAGUUUUGCCAGUCCAAGGGGAUCUCUGUCACUACAUACGCUCCAGUCCCUUGGAGCACCCAACUGGCCAUGGUGCUCAUCCAGCUCAUUCAUCAAAGAAAUGUGAGUGUAAUUCCUAAAUCUGUCACUCCACACCAUACUGAGGAAAAUUUUAAGGUGUUUGACUGUGAAUUGGCUAAAGAGGAGAUGAAAACCUUCCUCACCUUCAAGAAGCAAUACCGAAUCUGUGCAUUAAGUUUACUCGCUUAUCUAAUAGAAUUCUGCAAACUUGCAGUUCAUCACAAGAGAGUAUAUAUAUAUUGCAGAGAAGUUUGGCAAUUUCCACUAUGCAAACGUUAUCUUAUCUUCUGAGAACGAGGUCAUUGGCAUAUGUGAAGGUUACAGAGCAUGAACUUGCACUACCCUACGUAAGGUAA